GAAGAAUCAAAGAUUACUAUCGCUCAGCAAAAAAAAUCUGCUCUGAGACUCCGCGAUGAUAAGGAAAGAAGAGAUGAUUCUGAACUAGUGAUUCAAACGCCUGUGGUCCGUCCACGAACAUCCCGUAAGCGAUCACUGUCUACCAUUAGAGACUCUGGAGCAUUUGAUGGAAACGGAUAUCGUCCAUUGAAACGUGGUGAAGACAGGGAAAAGUUGAAAGAGAGAUUGGCUUACUCAAUGGCUUUCGGCAAUGAUCAACAGCAGCCACCUCCUGUUUUCCCUGAAUUGAAAAAACAACAACCCAAAUUGCCUACUGCUAAACAAAAGUGGAAUGAUUUGGUUACUCAAAUUCGAGAGCGGUCCGAGUGGCUUGCAGAAAUGGAAUAUUUGGGACAAGCGGGUCCACAUCGAGACAUUAUAAAAGACCAGAUAGCUGAAAGAAUGCGUGCAUUGGAUGCUUUGGGAAUUGACAGCGAAUGCUCAACUCCAAAGUCAAGUGCAUCAGGAUUUAGCACAAAAACCUCCCAAUCGCUAGACUUAAAGAGUCAUCGGAGUACCUCGACGGUGGUUACGAAAAUGUCUAUGAAUGGCAAUAAAAACCAAAUUGCGCUGAAUCGUAGAUCGCGGAACAAGGAAGAAAAUGUGACAGCGUAUUCCCAACUUUCGCCACUGCAAUACUCACCGAGACGGCGCCAAUAAAAACAUUGGACCAUGUUAUAAUGUUAUUUUUUGUUUAUGCGAACUAAAUACGGGACUAGUACUUUAUGUGUUCAUAGAGAACUGCGAAUUUCAUAACCUUCUACGAAAAAUCGUGUAAUCAUAGACUUAUCCCCAAAAGACC